CACAUUGCGCUGGCAUGUAAGCGGAUGAGAGGCUGAGAGAGGUUCAAUUCGCCAGAGCCCAAACAGCAUCGUGGAAGGGGGUUAAAACUAUGGGCUUCAAAGCAGCGUGUAAUUUCUGCUGGGCAGAUUUUUGGAAUUAUGAAACGCAGAAAGUUAUGGUGGUUAAAAACCGAAAUUUAGGAAUCAUCUACAGAAUCAUCCAAUUUAUCAUCAUAAUGUAUUUUGUCAUGUAUGUUUUCAUCAUCCAGAAAUCAUACCAAGAAAAAGAGAGUGCUCCUGAGAGUUCUGUCAUCACCAAGGUCAAAGGGAUUGCAAUCACAAAUUCCUCCUUGGGAAAAAAAGUAUGGGAUGUGGCAGAAUACAUCAAUCCACCAGAGGGUCGAGAUAUUUUCAGCAUCACUGUACAGACUAGAACAACCCCGUAUCAGAGAAUGAGCACUUGUCCUGAGAAUGACAAUGUUCCUGGAUCCACAUGCAUGUCUGACUCAGAUUGUGUGUUUGGAGAAAUGGAUCUGCUUGGAAAUGGAGUAAAAACGGGGAGAUGUGUAAUUUACCGUGACUCGAUAAAGACAUGCGAGGUCUAUUCUUGGUGCCCAGUGGAGAAUGAAGCAUCCACGAGGAUCUCAGUACUAAAAGGGAUUGAAAACUUCACUUUGUUCAUCAAAAACAGUAUUCAUUUCCCGAGGUUUGGGUUCUCAAAAAGAAAUAUUCAGAAAAAGGCAGACCCAGGUUACUUGAGACACUGCAUGUUUGAUGAGGACACCAACCUCUACUGUCCUAUUUUCCCACUUGGCUUCAUUAUUGAGAAAGCUGGAGACACUUUUGAGAACCUCAGCAAAAAGGGAGGAGUUCUGGGAGUAAUUAUAAACUGGAAAUGUGACCUGGAUAAGGCAGCUUCAGAAUGUAACCCUCAAUAUUCCUUUAGAAGACUUGAUUCAGGAUAUAACUUCAGGAAAACAAAGUACUUCAUGGAGAACGGUACUGAAUAUAGGACACUAACAAAAAUAUUUGGGAUAAGAAUUGACAUUAUCGUUCACGGUGAGGCAGGAAAGUUUAAUAUCAUUCCAAUGAUUAUUAAUGUUGCUUCAGCCCUCACAUCUAUUGGGAUUGGGUCAUUCCUGUGUGACUGGAUUUUGCUGACCUUCAUGAACAAGAAUGAUGUUUACAGUGAAAAGAAGUUUGAAGAGGUAAUUAAGAAAGAAAAUAAACUGUCACAUAAUGAAUGUGGAACAGAACAGGAAUUGGGACCAGUAUCUCCACACAAUUACAAACAAUGUUGAUUUAGAUAACAUUACCAACAGUGGUGUGUUGCAGGAGGAACCAGCCUAAAAGUCACCAUGGGGGCUCACACAUGAAACCAAGACACCAGAUACCUGAAGCUCAGCAUGAGCCUCAAGAAGAAAGAGUACAAGAUUUCUUUCAGAUGACUGAUCCGGAUUGUACAUACCUUAACUUUUACAACAUGUGUAAUUUCAGUGUCUUGUCAUUUUGCAAGCAUCAUAUCUUUUUUUCCUCUUUGUACUUGACUUUCCUCUUUGUACUUGACUUUCCUCUUUUCUGAUUAUGUGAUCCAUUAAUUGGCUUACCUAAUCUUCUGCCACAUUCUUCGUCUAAUACAAUCAUGACAAAAGGCAGUAAAACUGUCCUCUUGAGGUAAUGUAAACUGUGAUAUUAUUCAGGGCUGUUUGGCUUCUGUGUCAAGUGACCAUGAAGUCCUAAUUAUCACUCAGGAAUUAGAUUGUUGCAGGGUUCAGUUUAAGAAUGGUAAUGGGGAACAAACAAACCAGCAAGACACACUGGCAAGCUCUUUUAAAAACAGGCACAGGCAUGAUGGGAUGGAUUAUUUCCUUUUACACUAUAAAAUUCUAAGUUAAAACAAGGUGAAUGGCUUUUAGCUUUUACUUGAGUAUGUGGUAAAGAUAUAAUACAUUUUCAUAUUGAAAAUUAAAGAUCAAGAAUUAAUUCAAUGUAA